AAGUGAAGAACCUUGCUACUAAUUUUAUCCCUAAUUUUUGUGUGCUAGGAGUAAUUACCAAAUAUGUCUGUAUCAACUACUUCUCCUAUGAACCUAAAAAAACCAUCAAAACCAGUUCAAGAGAUAAUCAAAACUACUGGAAAACAAAUCCCAGAAAAUUUCAUAUACCAGCUUCCAAACAAAGCAACUAAUCAUGAUCAUUCUGAGAUUAAAUACAUGGAUAGUAACAUCAUUGAUCUUAGCCUCCUUUCGUCAUCAUCAUCAAACCUUCAUGAAGAAGAACUUCGAAAACUUCGAUUCAUUCUUAGUUCAUGGGGUGGUUUUCAGCUAAUAAAUCACGGUUUGUCAAGCUCAUUACUUAGCCAAAUUCGUGAAGUUUGGAAGGAAUUCUUUGCUCUUCCUUUAGAAGUGAAGCAAAAGCAAUGCAAAUCAAAUGAUUGGUAUGAAGGUUAUGGAGGUGAUACUGUUUCUGAGGAUCAAAGUUAUAACUGGAAUGAUAGAUUGCGUCUCAAAACUCAACCUCCUGAUCAAAGAAAUUACAAUAUUUGGCCUGAUUUUGUACCAAAUUUCAGGGAAACAUUGCAAGAGUACACCAUGGAGGUAAAAAGAGUACUAGAAAUUAUCCUGAAAGCCAUUGCAAAAUCAAUAAAUUUAGAAGAAAACAGCUUCUUUAAUGAAUGUGGAGGAAAUGAGGGUGUACACAUAUUCACAAGAUUCAACCAUUAUCCUCCUUGUUCAUCCCCAAGUCAGGUUUUAGGUAUUAAACCACAUUCUGAUGGUUCAGCAAUUACCAUUCUUCUGCAAGACAAUGAAGUUGAAGGCCUUCAAGUUGAGAAAGAUAAGCAAUGGUUCAAAGUUCCCAUUGUUCCUGAUGCCCUUUUCAUCAAUAUUGGUGACCAGUUGGAGAUAAUGAGUAAUGGUAUAUUAAAGAGCGUGAUACACAAGGUGGUGAUUGAUAAGGAGAGGGAAAGGAUAUCAGUGGCUAUGCUAUGUGCUCCACCCCCACACAAAGAAAUAGAGCCAUUUACUGAGCUUGUUGACAAAGAAAGACCCCUACAAUUCAACAAGGUCAAGAAUUAUUUUGGUGAUUUAUUCUUUCAAUACUAUCCAAGAGGAGAAAGAUCUAUCACUACUUUGAAGUUCUAACGGCCCGUUUGGUAGCUAGUAAAGGAAUAAUAAUCAAAUAAGAUAAUGGUAAUGAUAAUGAAGAAAUGGAUAUGAGAUUUGGUAAUGGUAAUAACUUUGUUUGGUAUGUAUAAACAAAGAUUGGUAAUUCUUGGUUCCAAGUUUUUCGGCAUGCAGUUUAUUAGAUGAUAAACAAAUCAAACAGAUGAAUAAUUUAAUGUAAUUUAAACGUUAAAUAAUUUUGCUUGAUUUA